AUGAAUGGGAAUGACCGCAUUUCCGACAUCGAUCAUGAUAAUCAGUCUGCCGGCAUCUACAAUGCGAAGUCUGUUGGCGAAAUCCGCUCCGCGCUGGUUGAACUGCACAGCAAAGAGGCCAGCGUGACCUCCCGGCUCGAUGCUCUAAUCCAUGCACAAAAGGAUCUUCAACGCGAACUCUCCCGGCUGGAUUUGUUCCGCGCAAAUGUCACUACGCAGGCGUCAAGGGCAAGAGCUGUCAGCAACGGCAUGCUCUCAGAUGCCGCCGCAAAUUCGAAAAGCAUUUCCAAUUCUGUCAGGAAACUUGACCUUGAACAAGACAGGGUCAAGGCUACGCUUACUGUGGUCGAACAAGUCGGCGAGCUAAAAGCAUGUGUUCUGGGUGUUUCAGGAUCAAUGGGAGCUGCGCAAGACUGGGAAACCGCCGCCAGCUACUUAAGCCGAGCAUCGAAGAUUCCCAGCGCUGUCAUAAAUGGCGAGUUCGCGGCCAGAAUCGUCCCUACCGCUGAGGUGCCCGACGCUCCGGCGGUUACAUUGGAGCAUGCGUCGGAAUCUUUAUGUAGCUUGUUCCUGCGAGAGUUUGACAAAGCAGUCAAAGACAACGAUGGCGCCAGGAUUACUCGUUUCUUCAAGCUGUUCCCCCUCAUCAAUCGUUCCGACGUCGGUCUGGACGUCUACGGUCGCUAUGUCUGCCAAGGUGUUGCAGCACGAGCCCGAACCAAUCUCAAUGCUGGCACUGGCGGCAACCAGAGCAAAGAUGGCUUCUUCUACGCCAACGCCCUGACGAAGCUGUUCGAGCACAUUGCACAGAUUAUCGAAGGACACGGCGGACUGGUGGAGCGCCACUACGGGGCAGGAAAGAUGACACGAGUGACUCAACGGCUGCAGGUCGAAGCAGAUCUUCAAGGAGGAAUCAUUCUCGAUACUUGGGCUGACGAACGGAGGAUCGAUCGCCAACUGACCGACAUCAAAGCGUACGCCUUUACAUUCCUCGUCCAGAGCUUUAUCCCCGCACAACGGGGAUCAAUGGGCACUCCUCGUGCUGGAUCUCCAGCACCAGGAAGGUCGAGCGAGGAUGAGUCCGUCGAUAUGAAACAGGUGGACGCUACACUGAAUGAGAUGACUUCCAUGCUGAGCAAAUGGUCGCUCUACACCAGGUUCAUUGCCGAGAAGUGUCAUGAUCCCGCCGCAAGCGAGGACGCGACGAUACCACCAUUCCUGGUCAGCUCAAGCUUGAUGAAGAAGGUUCAGGACAAGCUUCUUACCCCAUUCAACACGAUGACUACGUUCUUUCUCCGACGUUCAGUCGAGAAGGCAUUCCAACUGGACGAACAGCCUCCGGACCUAUCCCUCAACCCGCACAAACCACUGAACUCGAAUCCGCCUCAUGUGACUUCCGCUAUUGAAGACAUCAUGUACAUUGUCAACAAGGUUCUGCAACAAUCGCUUGUUACCUCGCAGAAGCAAGUCGUUUUUGGUGUAAUCCCAACCUUGGGCAGAGUCCUUGGCUCCGACUUCAUCGGUAUGCAACAGCGCAAGAUGCGCGACGAGAGUUAUCCAAAAGCAGCAAUGCAAGGACAUCUCCCCCCUGAAUCCACCAUCAUCUCAUUUCUUGUCCUUAUCAACAAUCUCGACGUAGCUAAAGACUACAUCGACCAAAUUGUUCAUGUCAGACUCGAGCCCGCUCCUGGAUCUCCGCAUCGGACCCUAGACGAACUCUUCCCCGAACCCGGCGAGGCGGCAGCCGUAAUGGCCACUCUGACGUCCUUCCGCACCACAUUCUCUGAAAAGACCAAUGAACUGAUUUCCGACGGUGUCAACGUCGUCUUUCACAACGUGAUGAAGCCCCGUCUACGACCAAUAUUGACGGACGCAUUCCGGGACACAGAUUAUCAACUCACACGCGAACAGCUGCGAGAGCUUGCACAGUCACUGGAUGCAGAUGCCGACUCCGAAGGCUUCUCCGACGAAGUCCGUCUGCGAUUCCAACUUGGUUGGGACGCUCUGACGAAACCCAUUGGACGGCUUAUGACAGAGCGCACGUUUGACCAGCUACUGACUAUAGUGGUCACCUACUUGAGUAAGAUGGUUGAGAAGCGGCUGUGGACAUACCAAGAACGGGUGAACGACGUGGGAGCAGCUAGACUCGAACAUGACAUCAACGAGAUCAUCAAAGUGGUGGUAACGGGUCAGAAAUACAGCUUCCGCGAGGCAUUUGUGAGAUGCAGCCAGAUUUGCAUGAUCAUGAACAUGGAUGAAGAGGAAUGGGAGGAGUUGCAGAUUUCCGGUGGCGAGGUAGCUGACAAGCUGAAGCCGGAGGAGAGAGUUCGAGCGAGGAACAUGGUAAUCAACUGA